AUGCUCUAAAUUUAAAUAGGGGAUAUAAUCGACAAUCAAUACGAAAUAUUAAAAAAACUAUCACAAGGAUCAUUCGGAAUAGUUUUUUACGGCAAGAGCAUCAAAACAAAAAAGGGAGUAGCGAUUAAAGUGGAGAAGCAGGAGAUGGCCAACUUUGGUAGUUUAAUUCGUGAAGUAACAUAUCCUAUGAGCCAAGGUCGAGAUGCUGAGCAAAUUGAAGGGAGUUCCUCAAAUUCCUGAAUUGAUGUGGUAUGGGGAGUACAAGAAAUGCAAUAUCAUGAUAACCAAGAUGCUGGGUCACGAUCUCAUCUAUUAUCAGAAACAAUAUAAACAAUUUUCGUCGCAUUGCAUCAACAGCAUCGCCUACCAACUGCUGUGGAUCUUGGAAUAGAUACACAAAUAGUAUGAAUGACUGUUUAUUUUUAGGAAUAUAAUUCACAGAGACAUCAAACCAGAAAAUAUAUUGAGUAAGAAUGAAUCCGAUAAGAUUUAUUUAAUCGAUUUUGGAAUUUCAAAAGACGCAGAUUCUAAUUUCACCCACAAAAAGAAAGUUUUACCCUUCAUCGGCACCAGUAGAUAUGCCUGUAUCUCAGCCCACCAAGGCAUCGAACAAACACCCAAAGACGACCUAGAAUCUCUCGGCUAUGUUCUCAUCUACCUAACCACUCAACACCUCCCAUGGAUGAACAUCGAGAAAACAGAUGUACAAAGAUUAGACAAAAUUGGCAAGUUAAAGGAAAGUGUUUUAUUGGAAGACUUGUGUUUCGGGUGUCCCAACUCUAUGCUCAAGUACUAUCCCUUGUAAAACUAGAUACAUGAGGUAUGUGAAGGAAUUGAAGCCCACUUCUAGACCCAAAUAUGGGAUGUUGAGAGGGUUAUUCCUCUCGAAGCUCCAAAAUACAAUUAAGUUGGGAUUGGAUUGGACCAAUCAAGGAAUGAAAUUAGAAAAAAAGAAACACCAUAAAAAACAAAGGAACUCAUGCGAUCUCAAUUUUCAAAGUUGUGUGACCAUUAGAAGGUAAAAUCAUCAUUCUUAUGUUAGACCAUUCUUAAUUGAAACUCAAAUCAAUUUAAAUGUGAAAACCAUUGCAGCUCAAGAGGAAUAAAUUGUAUCCUCUGACAAUGGGACUAGCAAUACUUAGUUCAGCAUCGUGGAAACACAAGGCAGCAAAAACAGUGUUUAGUAUGGAUUAUCAGUCUCCGAUAAUGUGGAUUGUUUGGCUAUUCAAUAGAACAAUAACAUGGCAAAAGUGUCCACAUUUGAAGGCAUUGCCGAUGCAUGCUCUCCUCAGUCUCAAAGCUUCGAAUAGCAAAUGAUGGAAAGCGAACACUAAGAUAUAGAAAUUAAAUGUAACCUACUUCAUUUUACCUCGGUGUACUUUAACUUCAAGAAUCCUAUUCAACAGCAAAUAUUUAAGCAACACUAUCAAGUUAAAGAGAUCAAGUCCAAGAAUUGAAUUAUAC